GUAGAGAUCUGUUAUAAUGUGUGAAAAGGAAUGUUAUAGAGAUUUGUGGACACAUGAAUGAGAAACAUAUUAUGGAACUUCCCAGCUGUGAAAAACUGACCAGUCAAGACUACAAACUGAAAUAUUUCCUUCCAACACAAGGUAUAUAUAUAUAUGUGGAUAUAUUGAAACAUUUUUUGCCAAAUAGAUUGACUUUAAUUACUGCAUGCAUAUACCCCAGUUGAUACAGCUACCAUGAUUUCCUCACUUCAGUGCAGUUAAAAAAUGUAUCUCAUGAAUAUACAUGAUUCAUCAUACUGGACAUGUUCAUUUUCUCAAUGGUAACCAGGAAAUGGUUUUACUAUAUAUAUAAAGAAUUAACAAUAAAGGAUGUCGUUUUUAUUGACUCGAACACAGUACAAAAUGGUCAAAGCCCUAAUUUCAACAUACAGAUGUAUAUACAAAUAAGAAUGAUAAUAAACAGAGUGUGAAUUUAUUUUGAAUCUUGGGGAAUCUUGUCUGGUAAAUCAUUUAAAAUUUAUUAAUAAAAUUUAAUGUAGAAUUUGAUGUUCUACCAUUUCUGAUUUGUAGUUCAACAUAAUUUUUUUUUUUUUUUUUUUACAUGUAGUAGUUAGAUUGAAAUUUUCUUACAUGUACAAUGGUCCGUUAAGAAUCUGAAUAAGCAGACCAAUUGCAGAGAUUGUGUAAAUAAGUGUCUUAUUCCAGGGAAACCCUGACAAUUUAGGAGUUUGUUCAUCUUCUAUAAGACUGAUUAUUGCAAAUCAAACAAAUUAUCUAUUCAUUUCAAGACAUCUUUGAUUAUUCUUCAUACUAAAUGGCCGACUGAUGAGCAAUAUUACAAGUUUUACAAAUCAAUUUCUUAAAAAAAUUUGGCAACCCUGUUUCAUUUGAUACAUUUAUAUCCCUGUUUCAUUUGAUACAUUUGUAUCCCUGUUUCAUUUGAUACAUUUGUAUUGAUGUUGUUGGCCUAGAUAUGGCCACUUUGUACUGCCCACCAACAUGAAAAUUCCUGGGGAGCUUGUCCAGGAUGGACGUACGGUGGGCAGAUGGGCAGAACAACCCACUUUAACCCAGAGACCCCCACUUACUGAAGGGGUCCCAUGAGGGAGUGAUGAAUCCCAAAUGUCUUAAGGAAUUCCUCAAGCUUGGGAUUCACUUCGGGAUCAACCAGCAUUUGGUCAGCCCAUGUGAUGUUUACCUAGUAUUUCAUAAUACCAGGUAACCAGUAAUUUACACCAGUACUAACUACAUGAGGGACAAUACACAAAUACACACAAUAUACAAGGAUACACAAGACACACAAAGGAUACAAAGAAACACUGAAGACUGUUGAAAGUUGUGAGCUCCAACUCGAAUGACCUGAAAUAGUUACCUUGUUGAAAUUGAUAAAGCAUAACCCCCUUGGUCUUGAGAUUUUGUUAGAAUAUAAAAAAAUUUCCUUCGGGCUAAUUAAAUUUUAUUUUUACGAAAAAUUUCUUAACCUUUUUAUUUCUUAUUCAAAAUUCUUAUGAAAAUCACAUGUAAUUAUCGAUCAGUGAAUUAUUUUAUGCCAUUUUUUACUUUGGUCGUCAUCUAUUUUUCAGUAAAUAUAUGACAUUAUAGCUUAAUUACAGUGUGAUAAUUAUCUUUACACAUUUUUACAUGCUCGAACUAGCUGCGUUAAAGGCAUGCAGGUGGUAGCAGUAGUAAUGGUAGCUCUAGAUAGUUGUGAUUAUAGAUACCAUUUAUUUGUACUUAAUCCUGCAAAUAACUUCAAAUUAUAGUUACAUAUAUCUGCACAAUGAUGACUUUUCAAAUUAAAGCACCUGUACUCUGUAGUACUGCCUGAUAACCUGUAGAGAUUGAAGUGCUGACAGCUAAAUCACAUCCUAGAUAACUGAACUGGUAGACCACCUUAAUAUGAACUCUGAGGUCCUUCAGGGUCUGGUCCACUGUAUUUCUCCAUUAUCAUAUAAACCAUUUUGAGGACUUGAGGUGAUAAGUUUAUUACUUAAAUAUAAUCUCCUUUUUUAACUCUAUGACAACUUAUGCUCCAGAUAAUCUAUUUUAUCAUUUAUAAUCAUCCAAGACAUCUCAUAAAAGAGCUUGAUGCUUUUUGCACAAAUUCAUUUUUCUUUUGAUUACUUUAAAAUGAUGAAAAUAAACAAAGGAAAUAAAUGCAUACUGGUACAUAAAAUUUCACCUUACUCUAUCAUUACAUUGUGAAGUUUUAGUCUAAGAGAAUAUAUCAGUGUGCAAGCCUUGGCAUUUGGAAGAUGAUUGAGAUGAACUUCUACAAUUGAAAUUCAAUGUAACUCCUAUCUUUGUUCCUGUGUAAAAUAAUUUUUCACUGGAUAAUUACCUGUACUUGUAGAAACACACACCUCAACCUGUUGAAGCUGAUACUGUGCAUUUAUAUGGGAAGCUUGAUUAAUUGAUAUAUACAAUAGUUAACAAUAUCAAAACUCGGAAUAUUUUCCGAUGAAAGAGAGAAAACAUGAUCUAGAUCAUCAAUCAAAUUUUAUAUAACACAUCACAUGCUUAUUAGCAUCUGUGUAAGCCCAAGAAAAUAAGUAUAAAACACAUCAGUGAACUUUUAAUCCACAAAUAUGUUUACACUCCAGGGUUGGGUAAUACACAAAUCCAUUUCUCUCCAUGAUUUAAAUGAGUUUGGCUGUUUGUCAAGUAAAGGGAGCAAGUCAUAAAGUUGACCAAAGGAUAUAUCAUGUUUAUGUUGAAGUAAGCACUUCAGUUAAGGUAGCACUGCCCAGAGGUAUGGAUGCAGGACUCGUGAAGUCAUCUAACAUAAAGAACUAGAAUUUGUCAACAGAUAAAGAAUGGACACAAUUAAACAGUUGGCUGAGGGCAACAGUGAACCAUGGAUUUACUUAUUAGGAAAUUAUGUGUCAAGUGAGAGGGUCAGUGAUUUUCUGUGUGAUAAGCCUACACCCCAAUCAAACUUUCUGCUCUUCAGUUAUGAACUUUAUUCCCUUUCGGAUCGAGGUAUAAUUUUUCAUACAUGACGGAAUCUUUUUAAUGGAUUAAAGAAAUAGUACAAUGGCAUUGAUGAAUUGUGGCUGAUUGGAAAAUAAAUACUGGUUUCAAUGUCAAUUAACCAGAUUCGGAUAUACGUAUGUAUGUGCCAAUUAAGUUUCGAUUGACAAUAUGUCAUGUGGAUUUUAUUCCAGUCUUCUGCUGAUUAAAAUGUUUAUAAUACCUUUCAAAAACGUUCAUCUUGUGUGCACAAACAUUGUAUAAUUAGUACCAUUAUGUGAAGCAAAUCAUAUUGCAUUUGGACACUACGGUAGAAUUUUUUAAUGUCCAAAAUCAGCCAAUACUGAAUCAAACAAGCAAAUAGGAUCAUUAAAUAAUGGCUAGCAAUGCAGAAAAAUUGUGCUCCAAUGAAGGGGGUCCAGAUGUUGAAGAAUACAGAGAAGACUUCUUCACAAUUGACCUUUCCACAGGUCAAAGGAUCAAAGGUGAAGAGACGGGUAAACUGGCUCAAUGCGACGAGGACAAAAAUAAUACAAGAGAAAUUUUACAGACCUACAAAAGAAAAGAUUCAUCAGAGAAUAUUGUCAUAGAGAUCAGACCCAGUGUUCACACCCCCUCCCCACCCCCCGUGGAACUGAGGAGAGCUGGCUCCAUGGAAAAUGUGUCUGCAAAGGAUUACCUAGUUGUCAGAGCCAACAGAAAACAGAAAAUUAAACAAAAAAAUCUUGAACUGCAAAAUAAUUCUGAUGACAACAAAUACAAGUUUCCAACAGAGCCACUUGCCCUUGACAAAAAAAUCAUGGCAGAACCAUGUUCUGAGCAAAUGAUACAAAAUCAGAUGAUUCACAAUGAAAAUAACACAGAGAGGCUGGAAGAAAAGUCCUGUGUUCAGAGUGAAAUUACUGGUAAAGAGAUCAACAGUACAGAACUAACUGAAACCCAGCUAGAGAGCAGUGUAGAAAAAGAUCUAAUGAAAGAUGAACACACACAAGAAGAAAAUCUUGCAACAGUUAGUUGUCAUAAUGAGGAAACGAACAACUUUUAUAGGACAAAGCUUACAGACAACAGUUGUGGUAAAGAACAAGACGAUACAGUCAAACAUGAAGCAGAUGAGGUCGACAGAGUGGAAGAAAUGGAUCCUGUAACAAAGAACACAACUGAUGACAGGGAAAACAGAUACAGUCCAUUUUUUUGGUCAGACGAAGAUGAUGAGGAUGUUAUUCAAGUAGCAACAUUUUGUAUGCAGAAAUUUGAUGAUGAUAUAGAUGAACUCCUACAGAAUGUUCCGGUAGAAUACAGUGAUGAUGACAUGUCGGAAACUGAAGACCACAACAUUGGGAGACCUUGCAAAGAAGUUGGCUGUUCUCCGAAUUUACAAGAUUGUCAUACUUUUGCAUUGAGUAAUACAUGCUCCGAACACCACAACCCUGUUCUUGAAAAUUCUGUGAACAAUGUAGAAAUUGAUGAAACUACGAGUACUUCCAAAGUAAAUGAUAUUUCGACUGAAAGUGAGAAAACAAUAAAUUCUACAGAACAGAGAAUUUAUCAGACACCAACUGUUGAGGAUAAAUUAAUUUGUGUAGAGCAGUGUGCAACCUCUGUCAAGGGAGAGGAUACAAGUGAGAAAGCAAUUUCCUUUCAAGAAAACAUAUCAAAUAAAGAAAGUAACGAUAAAGACCCAGAAAGUCUGAAUGAUAUUCACUGUACAAAGAUCAUGGAGUCAAUACUAAAUGAGGGAAAGGAUGUUCAAUAUGUGUUCAAAACAACUGCAACUUGUGAAUCAAACCAUGGCCCUCUGUCACCAGAAGUCUGCGAUAACAUUACAGUUUCAGAUACUAUUUUAAACAAAUUUAGCUCAGACAUUAAUACUCAUGCAAGUAAAAUGGAACACAAUAACAAAUUUGAAAACGAUUCUCUUCAAAUAAAUGAUGUAGACACCAAUUCACUAUUUGAAAAUAACUCAAAACCAGAGGAUCUAUUUACUGGAGAAGCAGCAGAGCAAGGCAAAUCCAUGGGGAGUCUAGAAGCAAACAAUUUGGAAUAUAGCAAAGCAAAAAGUUCAUAUACAGAAAACUAUUCAACUGAUCUAGGAGCCCAAGGUGUGGAUUUCAAAAUUGAUGCAUUGACUGAAGAUCCUUCUCAUACUGCAGUGAUUGAAGAUCCUAAUACUGAGUGUUCAACUACAAAUCUCCAAACUCCAAGCUCACUGAUAAGUGAUAGUUUCCACACCGACAGUUCACAAACAAUUUCAUAUCAAGAUCUACAUACCAAGUCAGAUUUGGUUGAAGAUCUAGUAAAAAAUGUUCCAGAUGAUAGAUCCUCUCUCAUGGAACAACCCCCACCAACAGAACCCAAUCAAGCAAUGUCACCAAAAAAUGUUCCAGAUGAUAGAUCCUCUCUCAUGGAACAACCCCCACCAUCAGAACCCAAUCAAGCAAUGUCACCAAAAAAUGUUCCAGAUGAUAGAUUCUCUCUCAUGGAACAAACCCCACCAACAGAACCCAAUCAAGCAAUGUCACCAAAAAACGUUCCAGAUGAUAGAUCCUCUCUCAUGGAACAACCCCCACCAACAGAACCCAAUCAAGCAAUGUCACCAAAAAAUGUUCCAGAUGAUAGAUUCUCUCUCAUGGAACAAAACCCACCAACAGAACCCAAUCAAGCAAUGUCACCAAAAAAUGUUCCAGAUGAUAGAUUCUCUCUCAUGGAACAAUCCCCACCAACAGAACCCAAUCAAGCAAUGUCACCAAAAAAUGUUCCAGAUGAUAGAUUCUCUCUCAUGGAACAAACCCCACCAACAGAACCCAAUCAAGCAAUGUCACCAAAAAACAUUCCAGAUGAUAGAUCCUCUCUCAUGGAACAACCCCCACCAACAGAACCCAAUCAAGCAAUGUCACCAAAAAAUGUUCCAGAUGAUAGAUUCUCUCUCAUGGAACAAAACCCACCAACAGAACCCAAUCAAGCAAUGUCACCAAAAAAUGUUCCAGAUGAUAGAUUCUCUCUCAUGGAACAAACCCCACCAACAGAACCCAAUCAAACAAUGUCACCAAAGAAUGUUCCAGAUGAUAGAUUCUCUCUCAUGGAACAACCCCUACCAACAGAACCCAAUCAAGCAAUGUCACCAAAGCACAGCAAUGAAAAUGACUCUAGUCAGCACAUGCUACCUAAAAACAACAAAACCAAAUAUCUUGGAAAUGAUACAAGUCAGGACAUGUCUGAAAACAAAACUAGAUAUCCUGAAAAUGACUCAAAUCAGCAGAUGUCACAUGAAAAUGACAAUAAUAUACAUCUUGAAAAUGACACGAAUCAGCACAUAUCACCUGAAAUUCAAAUUACUGGAACUCAAAUUACUGGAAAAUAUCCUGAAAAUGACCAAAUUCAAAACAUGUCACCUGAAGACAAGACUAACUGCUAUGUGAUUCAAAGCAAAUCAGCACUUGAACAAAUUGAUACCAGAUGGUCUACAAAUAUUUCUGGUUCAAAUCUUUCUUCUGAAAAAACCUCUCCAUCUGGAGAUUACAAAAUAGCAGCUCCAUCAUCAGUUUUGUACAACAGUGAUUGUGGUACAAGCGAAACUGUCCAAUGUAAUUCAAACUUGACAAGUAAAUUGCGAGAAAAUGCAUCUUCUCGUAAUAACAUAUCUUCAAACACUUCUUCCAAGUCAGCUUCUGAAGAGGAGGAAAGUUUUGAAAUGGUUCCAAUGGAUUUAGGUUCACACAUGCUUACAUUAACUGACCCUGGUCCCUUGAAUAUGAAACAUUUACAAAAAGAAGACAGUGGCGAUUUUGAUGUCUUUAAGCACCACCUCCUCCUAAAAAAUCUGAAACUUAAAUCUUGCACCAAGACAGAUUCUAUGACAACAGAUGGUGAUUACGAAGUGGAAGAAAUAAUGAGAAAUGAAGUAAUCAAUGAUGCAGAUGUAUUUCAACCAAUUGCCAUGGUAGCCACAGAAAUCUGUAAUGAAUUUACAGAUGAGACAAAAGAGGCUGUAUUUCUUGAUGAAACAUUACCCAAUACUGAGGACAAAGAAGAGCAGUUGGACCGAUGGUCUGGAAGUUAUCUGAGUGGCUGUACGAGUGAAGAGUCUGUCUACGAGGAUGCUCAUGAUUCUUCUGGAGAGGACUACAGUACCUGGGGUACAUUCCAGUGUUCUCCAGUAUCACUUCUGCAGGAAGCUAGUGAUGAGGCAGAAAAAGCAGAGAAAACUACCGGGGUCAAAAUUGUCGAGGUUUCAACAAACAAACCUGAGGAAGAUAAAAUAGAAAUUGAUGACAGUAAGCAGUACAAGACUGUUAUCAAUCUCGAUUCUCUAGAGAAGACACCAGUCCCUACUGAAAAAACACAGAAUGAAGAAGAAUCUAUAAGUUGUGUAGAAAAAUGUGUAAUUUUCAUAAACAAGCCAGGGAAUGAGAAGGACAUUUCAAAUUCUGGACCAUGUUUAAAAAAGGAAUUCAAAAAGACAACUCCAUGUAUGACAAUUGUGCCUUGGAGAAGGAGAACUAGAACAUGUCCAUGUGUUCUGAAGAAAAAACAACUCCAGGCAUCAGUUCAGAAGUAUGUCAAAGGUCAUGACCAGGCCAACCUUGUAAAGCGACCUAAAAAAUUUUAUGACAUAAUACAUGGCAUUAACAGAAGAGAAACCAUCAAUUUACCCAGUGCCCCAGACUUCGACAAUGAUAUGAUAUGGAGGCUGCUGAAGACAUUAAUCAGCCCUAAACAGGAUUUGUUUGAGGAGUUUGAGACAGAAAAUUCUUCAAGUCCAUCCGGCAGCACAGACAAGGAAAAUCUCGUGAAAGUAUUCACAUAUUUGCACCCCUCCGCUAACAAGAGCAAGAUUGAAUUCAUUCCUUUGAAGACACCAAGGAAGAAAACGCUGCCUUUCAAUGUGAAGGAAUUGUUUAACAAAGAGGUUGCCAGGGCAAGGAAGAGAAAGGAAAUUAGCAGAGGUCUGAUUUUCUUAAAGAUGAUUACGGGGAAGAAUACAUUUAUCAGGGAAAAGGGUUCUCAAGAAAAAAAAGUUUCACUUAAAAACAAAGAAACGGAUGUCAUGGUGUCCUCCAGUAUUCUUAGAUUGUCCAAUGCAAAACCAAAGGACCAAGAUGCCACCAUCAAGAGUCCAAAAAUGUUUAAAAUGUCCUCCACUCAUCUGGUUCUACCUAAGUUGAGUCUGAUUGGUCGGCAACCCCUAUCCUCCCCAAAGUCUCCUGCCCAAUCACCCAAAGAGCUUUUGGAGGAGGGUUUACUCAACAGAAAGGCAGCAGAGCUGGGAGAAAUGAGCCAUGAUGCAUCCCCAACUCUCAACAGUAUGCUCUCAUUGGCUUUGGAGAUGCUCCACACCUCACGCCUUGAUGAUGCAGAGAAUCAACUGCUGCAUUUAUAUCAGAGGAUGCAGGAGAAACCCGAGGAGAACACCAGGGUCCUCGUACAGUGUCUGUCCAACCUGUCAGAUAUCUGUGUCCGACGGAGCCGAAUGUGUCGCUCCAAUCAGAUGGAAUGGCAAUGGCUAGUGAUGCAUGCAAUCGCUCUGUUACAAUACACUGUGGAAAUAUGUCACUCAGAAAUAGAGGCUACUUUGGACAAUCAGGAUGUGGAAUGGUUUCAAGAGUACUGCCAAAAUAUUGAAACAAAAUGCAAGCCCCUUGAGGAUAGCUUUAAUCGUGCUCUAUACAACUGCCUGAAACAUGAAGGUAGGAAAUUCAUGGAUCCAUAUCGCUCAUUUUCUUUGCCAAACACUCCAACUAUGCCAAACAGACUUGGAUUGUUUCCCCUGGCUUCUAGUCAUCAAUUUUACAUCAACCCCGGUCUCAAUUACAAAUACUCAUCUACACUUAACAGAGAGAAAAAGGAAAGCAUGGAUGAUAUCAGUGUGGGUUUAGACUGGUUAUCCAAGUUUUACAGAUACUGCAACGAUCGUUUGCAGACAAAAAAUUUAGGAAACAUAUACAACAAACUUUUCAAGAAACGAACAAGGAUAGACAGUCUGCGACACGAAGACGACACAGAAAGUGUUGUGUCUGAUUCUGCAGGGUCACUGGACUGGGACCACAGCGAUCUCAAGGGAAUAGAUGAACUGGAUUCAGAAGAGUCGGAGGAAUCCCCCAUCACAGAGCAGUCUUUCGCUUUAGCUGUGGCUGAGUGUGAUAUGGAAAACAAUGGGUGGGAUUUCUUCCUUAAUGAUAGAAAAAAUUGUAAAUUCACAAGUGUGGUGCAAGUGGCUUCCCCGACUCAAAAUAAUGAAACUGAAAAACUUGAAAAUAAGGCAUUAACAAAAAUGAAAGAAAAUGAAAAUGAAGGAAAGGAGAAGGAAAUAAUUUCACCAUUACAUGAGCAUAGCAUCAAACAUACUCUUGCAAAAUCCUAUUCCAGGCUAGCCGAGAAAAUGCUCUCAGAAGGUGAAUUGGAUAAAGCUGAAGUUCUAUUUGAACAAGUGUUGAAUAUCAUUGAAGAGAUUCAUGAUGGAACUGCGGGGAUGUUGCGAUUUGGUGCACAAGUUAGUAAAUUUCUUGGAACAAUCAAAUCAAAACAGGGUAAAACAGCUGAAGGCUUAGAAUAUCUAAACACGGCACUAAAAACCUACAGAGACCUUCAAGAUGAUGCUUCCAACUUUGAAAUAGCUGUUGCUUUACUAGAGCUAGGAAAUGGGUACAGUGUGGGGAAAAACAAUGAUGAUGGUGUGUUUGAAGACGCUAUAGCAGCAAUAUGUGAAUUUUUUGAGAAGGAUCUAUCUGAUGAAAACAUGAGUUCUAGCACAAGUUCUGGGAAAUCUGACGUCAACUCCCGAACAGCAGAGGAGGAGGAGAAUAUUGAGGAAGCCAUUCACUGCUACAGGGAAGCCCUGUCGCUAAUAGAUGCAUAUAAAAGUGAAAGUCAGAUGGAUGUUGUGGCCAAAUCUACCAUGAGAUUAGGCGAUUGUUACUUUAUGCAGAAGGACUAUGAUAGAGCAUUAGAAUGCUAUGAAAAAUCACUCUCUCUCUUCCACUCCUCAAGCACACUAGGACGUGAAUCAAUGAUAGAGCAGUCUCAUGUUAUGUGUAUGGUGGGAGUUUGUUCUUUCAUGCUGCACAUGUAUCCCAGGGCAGCCUCUACUUUUGAUCUCGCACUUCAUCUCAUCAAAUAUGCUUAUGGACUGACCAGCACUUUCAUACAUGCACUACUUCUUUCUAUGAUGGGCAUCACAUAUUAUAAAAUGAAAAACUAUCACAAAUGUGUCACAAUGUGUUAUCAGGGUUUCGAGAUCUUCUGCAGCAUUCACGGAGAAAAACUUCCAACUCUACCAAAGCGAAAAUUUUGGUUGGUGUGUCAAAUAUUGUAUGUGAUGGGAAAUUCCUAUAACAUUUUGAACUUGCACCAGAAGGCUAUCAAAUACCUAACUGUUGCAAGAACUUUGAUGAUGGCAUGCAAGAUGAGAGAAAGAAGACAGUUCAUGAGAGUUCUCCAAGUGUUGGGGGACUGUUAUUUUGCACAGUAUGAUUAUAAAACAGCUUUACAGUUCUACAAUGAGGCUCUCGAGUAUGGUGAUUGUGAAAGUCAGGUUUCAUUUGAUGAAGUAUUUGAUCCCAAUGCCAUUGGUGACAACAUGACCAUGCACAAUCAGCUUGUGAGCAAAUCUGCAGAGGCCCACAUCAGCAUGCAGCAGUACCAGAAUGCAGUCCACUAUCUGGAACAAGCCCAUGAUAUGCAGGAAGAUAUGGGAAAUGAUAUCAAAGAAGACCUUAUACACACUCUGACACAACUAGGACAAAUGCACUCCAGUGCAGGUGAUGUAGACCAAGCUAUCGACUCUUUCAAUGAGAGUCUAGAAGUUUAUAGGGAAAUCCAUGAUGGAAAACUGGGUAAAGAAAUGUGUUCCACUCUGGGUAACCUGGCCACAAUGUGCUAUGUGAAAGCCUGUAUCUGUGAGGAAAUAGACAGAGAACUGGAGAUGAUCCUGACAACUGAGCAACAUUUCCAGGAUGCUAUGGCACUAGACCUCAACCCUAGUGUUUGUGUGAAGUAUGCAAACUUUCUUUACAGUCAAGGCAAUUAUGACGAUGCAAUCUUGUAUCUAGAGGAUGCUCUGAAAAUUGACAGUGUGAACAGUGCUCCUGACAUUACAUAUGGGGGUCUAGAAAAAGUCACUCUCCCCGACUGCCUGCAGGAUGAGGUGGAUUCCCAGGAGGAGGUGGUCCUCUCCCCCACUGUUCUAGCUCGCUACCUCCUCAUCUUAUCCCAUAAAUCAAUGCAACAGUUUGAACCAGCCAUGCGUGUUCUCAUUGAUCUCCAAUGGGAUGUUCUGGACCGAGAUAUCCCCAUUUUCUACUCUGUCCUUGGAUAUGCCAUGAUGGAGAUGUCCCUAUUUGAGGAGGCUAUGUGGUGUUUUUCGUGUGCAGUCGAUAUUGAGAGUGAUUACAGACUGGCUCUGGACAAUUAUAGUUUGUGUUUAUGCAUAUAUAUUUACAAAACCUUCAUCAAUGGAAUUGAAGCCAUUUGUAAGCACUUUCGGUUACCUUGCUAUUACAAUAUUUAAGAAAUUUUGAAAAAAAAUGAGCAAAAUUCAUAAUGUUUAUCUGAAAUAUAUAAAUAUCCACAUGGCAUAGAAAGUCUUCCAAACUUCACAAUUUUUUUGUUAUUUUAAUCAGUUUGUGCAAAAUAAUAACAGUAUUGUUGUUUGUAGUAAAUUGAUGGAUUUAUUUAGCAAUUCAAAACUGCCACACUAUACAUAUACCAAUCUCUUUUUCAAGAACUCUAUAAUAAUUCAAAUAAUGUAGUCAGGUGCAUCUGCGUGAGUGAAAGUUGUUGAAAAAUAGAUCCUAGUUAUUACGUUAGAUAUGAAUGCUUUCACGCAGAUAAAAUGAAAUCUUUUUGAUAAAAACUCUUUUCAGACUAAGAUGGAGGAAUAUUGAUCAAGACUGUUUUUAAGUCAUGUGACAUUUCUCAACAAUAUAUAAUUUUUUUUACAAUUCACUUGCAUCUUGUUUCUACAUUACCAGGUCUGUUUUAGAGUUAGCAUAUUUUGAUAGUUCAUUGUUGUGGCAAGUAAAAUGUAACAUCAACUCUUAUGUAUUACAGAAGGUUGUAUACAUGUACAUGGACAUUACUAAGUUACUGUAGCAAAGAAGGGGAGAAUAAUCUUUGGAUCGAUCAGAGAUCGAACCCAGGGCCCUUGCAUUAUUAGAUAGGUGAUCUAACCACUGAGCUAACCAGGUGACAUACAAAGUCUAAUAAUAUUACUACAAUAUAGAAUUUAAACCUAUUUCGAAAAUGGCAUAAAAGCUCUUCAAGUCGAGGUGAAAAACAUCAUGCAUGACCUUCGUUAAAUGUAUUGAUCUUAAAUGUGUAAUUAAAUCAAAAUUUUUCACUGUGAUAUGAAGACAAGAUCAGCAUUUUUAGAAAAUACAGAAGUAUGGAUGUUUUGUACGUGAAGUUUUCUCUAUUUGUUUUGUUGUUUUUUAAUAUAUAUUUUGUGUGCACUACUAAAGCAAGACUGUUUCAAACCAUUUCUAAUGUCUUACAAAAUUUGAUUGAAUUGUUUAUGUUUUGUAAACAAAAAUGUAUGUUAUAAUAUGAAGGGUACCGUAAUUUUCAUGCUCAGUGUACGUGAUAAAUAAAAAAAUACUGAUUCAUGCAUGACACAGAGGUCUAGUUGUCAAGUUUUGACUGAAAUCAAAUUUCUAAUGGAUAUAUAAAUAUAGAUCAGACACAAAGUGAUUUCCAAAUCAAAUUGAUUUAAGAAGUGUCUUUGAGUUUUUGAAAGUAAAGGAGAUGAUACAAUUUGAGCCUCUUCACAUUGGUAUAUUGAAUGGAGCACUUCAGUGAAGCUCGGGGUAUAUCAUCUUACAUGUACAUACUUUAAAAACCGGAAAGACAUUUCUUAUUUUUACAUUUUAAUUGCCUUUUGAUAACAAACCUGUGCCAUACUCUUAACGUCAAGUGUAUUUAUACCCAAUGAUUAGCAUACUUAAAAAGUUGAAAAUUUGUGAGAUAUUAAUUUUUUUUAAAUUUUAAUUAGUCAUAAUGUUAAAGGAAAAAUAGAGAGUAUGUAAAUAUAUGUCAUCAUUGAUCAAGUGACCAUUUCAUUAACAGGUUGUAUGUAGCUCAUAAAUGUACAUACAAGUGUCAAAAAGUGUUCAAAUAAGGUUAGUUUUAUAAAAUAUUUGUAUAAUGUGCAUAUUGACAGAAAACAUUUAUGACCUGCAAUUUACCACUGAUUCCAUUGCUAGGACUUGAAUGAAGAAGAGAGCAUACAAUAUUUCCCUUUAAUGAUAUCUAUAAAUAUCAGUAGUGAGUACACUCUACUACUUUACAACAUCAAUUUUGAAAAAGAAUCUUCUGUCCAAGAAAUUUCAAGGGUGUUAUGGUACAUGAUUUUGUUGUUGUUGUAAAUUUCAAAGAUCUUUUGGAUAUAAGUUUAUAAUUUGUGACAAAUGAAUGCUAUUCCAUGUUUACGUUUUAAAAUAUUUUUAAUCAAGCAGUAUUUGCUUCUUUAAACAAAAGAAACAAUAUAGGUCAUUCACUUUUAACUGUUUUUUUGUUUUUGUUUUGAAAACUAGUAAACAUUACAUGCUUGCUGAUAUAAAAAAAAACCAACCUCAAAUGUUUCAAAAGUGUUACCGCAAUAAAUUGUUGUGUUUUCAAAACAUC